GGCUGAAACACCUUUUUCCAAUAUGGCUACCGGAGACACUGCACUAUGGCUGCACAACAAGUUAGGAUCCACGGACGAUUUGUGGUCUGGGAAGACAAUAUGCGCUCAACUGUCGCAGCAAAAACUCCAGAGCAUCCACCAAUGCUUCCAUGCACUCCAACCUCACGUCAAAGUCAAACUGAUGCUGUCAUUUCUUCAUAUUCAUCGCCGAAAUGUAGAACAGUGGAGGAUGGACAUGGAGGAAAUUUUGCUCAUGGCUAUACAUGACAGUGACCAAUGGGUAUCCAUGGUCGGGGAGAUUCUCCGACCUUUCCCAUCCACAGGGUCACUCAAUCUUGACCUCAUUGAUAACAACGCAACCUUUACAGAGAUACUGGCUGAUCUCAAUAAAGUUGUGAAGAAAGCAGCAAGUGUGCGAAUGUUGCCGAUGGAGUGCCAGUUUUUAAACAAGACUGCCUUCACUGCUGUGGCAGGUACUCAGCCAGCACCAGUAAAACACUUCGCCUUGAAGAGGAAACCCAAGUCUGCAAUUCUUAGGGCUGAACUUCUACAGAAAUCAUCAGAAGUAGCAUCUAACAAGAAGAAUAAUAUCCCUAACAGCAUACCAGUGAAGAUGCGCAGCUUUGCCAAGAAGAUGGAUGAUGGCACUCCAUUAAAGGGCAUGCCUGGGCGUUCGGCUAGCACUCCAGGAUUUAGAUCUCCUUCAGCAGGUAUCAACCGACUCAAUUCAUCUCCUAUGGGAGGUGCGACACCACUGUCUGCACAUCGGCCAAGUUCCGUACGUAAAGAAGGCGGAAUCAAGCUCCUAGACUUGGAAGCUCUGCCUGUUGGAGCAAAGGAGGCAAAAAGACGUAAAAAGAUUGCAGAUAUAGAGGAGAUGGAGAACAAGAAGAAAGAAAAGGAGUCUGGGGCAGCCUCCGCAGCCACAACCACAACUACAGCAGCCCCGUACACCCCGGACUACGCCGCAGGACUUGUGUCUGGUCCCACAACAAAAAUUGCAGUUGUGUCUGUAGGAAGUACAAACAGUGUCACUACAACCCCAACAGCAUCAUAUGUACCGGCAACAACAUCUAAGAUUCUCAACCCCUCAGUCACACCCUUCCCAGCCGCCUCUUUAUCCACUACCACACAACUGGCUCGGGAGAACCUCCAGCAACAGCUACAGCAGCUCAAUAAAUCCACACGGCCAGGAGGGGGCACCACGGACACUCCCUCUUACAACUCCUUGGAGCCAGCCCCUGUCUCAGACCCAACCACCCCCACAACCGCCUCCACUUUUACCACUGUUCUCACCCCUACGCUGGUACAACCGUUACCGUCCACCACCACCACACCCAUACAGCCAUCACCAGUCAUGCCCACACCUCAGCCAGGACAGCCGAAGAAGGGGCUAUCACUAACGAGAGAACAAAUGUUGGAAGCGCAAGAAAUGUUUAGAACAUCAAACAAGGUUACGAGACCAGAAAAAGCCUUAAUCCUUGGCUUCAUGGCAGGAUCAAGAGAGAAUCCAUGUCCCCAGCAAGGCAGUGUGUUAAGUAUACGUCUUAGUGAGAACAAAGAAAUGGUUUCACAAAUUGACACUACACAGAAAACAAUGAUUGCAGACACGUUUUUCCAAAUGAACUAUCAGACCGGCGAAUGGAAACGCAUCAAAAAAUAUAGAGAGUGUGUUGAAUGAAAUUCUCGAAAGUGUCCGUACAAUGUCGUCGUUGCUUAUAAACAGUAUUUGGUGUUGACUAUAAGUGUCGGGGAUAGUAUUAAUAUUUGUUGUCAUCACUUAUAGACAGCAUUUGGUGCAAUUAUGUAUCAACUUUAAUUUGAUGAAUUCUUACGUUAAUUUAAAAAUGAUCAGUACAAAGCCUGUUGUAUUCCUGAUCACUUGAACGUUCUUUGUAACUUUCUAUGUUCUGUGUAUUUAUUAAGAUUUUUUUUUCUUUCUUUUUUCUGUAGUUUUUGUACGACAUUAUAAUUUAUUGAUAACUAACCGUAGAAUUAGGGCAAUUUAUGUUUUAAAAAUGCACAUUUAUCAAAGGUUUUCUGAAGAUGAAAACAAAUCGAAGGUUUUUGUUUUUGUUGAGAUUUUUAUCUGUUAUGCUUUUAUAUUCUUGAGCUGAGAAAGUUUUAAACUUGUUAAAUGAAUUAUUGAAACUGAGAUUCUACUUGACUUCAUGGCUACCUGGGCAUGUCCAUCUAGAUACAAUAUAAGUGUACAAUAUGGCAGAAUAUUUCCGUGGGGACGAUAUUUUCGCAAUUUCGCUGGUCAAUAUUGUGAUUGUGAAAAUAUGAUCCGCAGAAUAGUAUGACAAGCGUUAUGUCAUGAUGAUGCAGAGAUAAUAAUCUUCAUAACCGUGAUGUUGUCAUGAAAUAGCGAGAAUGUGGUUGUGACAAUAUACAUAGAGUAAUUAUGUUUGAAAAUUGGUUAUGUCACACAUCUAAUAGAUUGUUGAUGAUAUAUUUAACAAAAUAUACUUACUUGUUGCUGCUCAAUCUGCUUAUUUAUUCAACUAUUUGACACAUAUUAUGUCGAGUAUCCCAUAUCUGUGCUAAGACACAGCGGAAAUUUAGUUCCUUUACAUGUCUAGAUCGUGAAAUCAUAAUCAGUGUAAAUCUAUUUUUUUUAUUUUUUUGUCAAAAUUGUGAAAAUUAAAACCUGUGUAAAUAACUCAAUAUAUAUGGUAUUAAAGACUCACCUCUUUCAUUUACACAUGUGCCAUUUGGUCAGUGAUGUCAUAAAAUGUUGAAAAGUACUUUCCUUUUGUUGUGAAAUUGCAUUACAACCUAGAUUUUCCCGCCGACCCUCGAAAUUUUAUCACCUACUUGUAUCUCAGAUUAAUUCAUUAGCCCAGGUUUUUUGGCCAAAGUUAUUAGGAGGUAUAAUGUAGUACAGCGGAGUAUGAUUCAGCAAAUUCACAUAAUGAUAGUGUUUUAAUCAGAAAGCUUCUUGCUUGAUGAGCAUGUCAUAUUGAAACUUGGAAAUCAGAAAGGAUGAACAGGUUGUUAAAAUAACGGGGGGGGAAAAACCCAAAAUAUUGAUUCUGUAUAACGAAAAAUUUGCCGCAGCUCAAUUUUUCGCCUUUUUUA